AUUGAAAAUUUAAGUCUCCAGUCCAUAUUUACUUCAAAACUGCAUAGGCAAGUUUGUUAGAUAAUCUCCUUGUUUCCUGUCGCCAACUUCUGGUGUGAAUGCUUGCAGGAAAAUUGUGAACUGUUUAUGCAGAUGAGGAGAAAAUGGCGUCCUCCGCGGGAAAGAAGCGCCCGAUGGUCCGCGUGUCUCGGACGGAUUCAUCCUCCAAUCUGACCGACAAAGACUCUAAGAAGCCAAAGAUGGAUUCUGGAGAUCGCCAGGGUGAGCCUGCUUCACUAACCAGUGAGGAGGAGGAGGCUGCCCAGAGGGACCCAGCCAGGGACGUGAACUUGUACAAGACCGCCUGCGACGGGAUCCGCCAACUCCUGCAGGAGAUCCAGGAGAUCAGGGGCAGCGGCAGGAAGGAUGCUGCUGCUGAGAUUGCGGAGAGAAAAAUCCAGGCCAGCAUGCACUUCAUCACUCUCAAAAAACUCAACAGAUUGGCCCACAUGCGGUGUAAGAAGGCCCGCGACACGACCCACGAGCACAAGCAGAAGGUGGACAGCUACCACCUGCAGCUGCAGAACCUGCUGUACGAGGUCAUGCACCUGCAGAAGGAGAUCACCAAGUGUCUGGAGUUCAAAUCCAAGGAUGAGGAGAUAGAGCUUGUUGAGGAAGCAGAGUUCUACAAGGAGGCCCCAGAGGAGAUUUCUAAACCUGAUGUGACCCAGCAGGACCCUCACCAGUUGACGCUGGCUCGGCUGGACUGGGAGCUGGAGCAGCGGAAGCGGCUGGCGGCAAAGUGUAAGGACUACGAGGACCAGAAGGAGGAGAUCUCUCAGGAGAUCCAGACUCGCCGGGACCAGCUGGACAGUCUGCUGCCCAGACUCAACACUGUGCUGGAGUCUACCAAGCCCCUCCAGGAGGCGCUAAAGAUGCCAUUUGACGAGGUACGUCAGCAGCACAGGAUGGCCCAGUUCCUACCCAGGCCUCUCUACGUGCUGUAUGUCCAGUCUUCAGCCUACCAACAAGCAUGUGAUCCUGCUCUGACAGUGACCAUAGAGGGAGAUCUGGAUGCAGCAAAGUCCUCCGGACCGUCCACCUCAGCUGCUCUGGAUGUGGACAGUGACUCUGACGAUGAGGAGGGGACCAAGGAGAAGUCUCGGCGCAGACGGACCAUCAGUGUCGACCCGACCGACAGACGGGGCAAAGUGCUCCACAAACAUCCCCUGCAAGUUAACAUCACCAUCAAGUGUAAAGAUGGGUCAACCCUGGCCCUGACCUUCCACUACCUGCUGACCCUGCAAGUGGUGACGGUCAUUGUCCAGCUCCAGCCGGUGGCAGAGGCCAUCACGUCUGCCGUUUCAGGAGGGGAUUUGCUCUCUCCAUCUUCCUUACUUGGCUGUCUGUUUCCUGGUGACCAUGGCAACACCACGCCCAAUCCUGCUAACCAGUUUCUGCUGGAGAGGGCAAGGAUUGAGGACUUUAAUGAGUGUGUGAAGGAGGUUGGGAAGCCUUAUGUGUGGGCCCAGCAGUUAGCAGGCCUGCAGUUCCUCAACACUGAGGAGGUAGGUCUUCAUGACAUUGUCAUCAUUAUAACUUUAAGAGUAAUCUGGUCCACAGAGAGAGGCUCUGUCCCCGUGACCAGGGAAUGUCAGCAUCUCUUCCCAACCAAGAUUCUCUCAAGGCUGGUGUCAUGGAAAUCUAUCACCCAUGAUGACUACAUCGUUCUCCCCUAUUGCCAGCCUGUUGUGGAGUCAGGAAUGGUUCACGACACGGACAACUUCUACGUUGCUGUGCUGCAGCGUGGGUCAGCCACACUGACAGCAGCCAUGUUGUUGAGCCCGGGCUACCUGACCUGUCCUCCCCUCUUCAGCCUCAAUCUCAACAUGGGUACAGAUCACACAGCCAGCAAUGAUGAAAACAUCAGGGCCAUGGAGCAUGAGGUCAAUGUCCAUUACAAAGAACUACUGGUCAAGGGGUCACAUGACCAGCUGUUGACCAAUCAGCUGCAGCGAUUGCUGAUGUGCUUGGACGUGUACCUGGAGACUCAGAGCAACAGUAGUGCCACGGAAGGACCCUCGGAGUUCGGACGGGAGAAGCUCUGCCCAAGAGUAGUUAGGGGUCCCAGUCGAUGUAAACCAUUUGUGUUCAAUAGUCAACAUGGGUUCUUCACUCAACGUUGAACAACACAAGCUCGAUCAAAUGUGCUCCUCAUUAUGCCAAGCAAAUAAGCACUUUGAAGAAAGACCAUUCAAAUCAGAGGGAUAUUGUUACUUCAUAGGACCAUUUGUGCUUGUAUUUUGAUCAUUACUGUAUCAUUCAUUUAUUGGUUAAUGAAACGAAUUUCAGUUGUUUUGGUCUUCUCAAUUCUAAGUAACUUCUUGAUCUAUUUUACAAGUGAUGGUUGUAAUGUCUUGGUAUUUUUUGUAGUUGUUAUUACAAUGCUUUACUAUGCUUGCACUGUUUAAAAACUUACUAUAUGAUAGUGCAGGUUUAAGUCCUUUUGACAAGUUUUGUAGUCGGAAUGCAAAAUUAUUUCAUCAUAUUACUCAAAAUAAUCAGAAUAGAGUGAUACUCUUCCUGUAACUCUUGUGACUCACCAUUAAACCACACUUAUUUAAACUGC